CACGUUGUUACUUGGAGCACGUCCUGACCGCUAGCUGAUGCACUAUGAAGUGAAAAGGCUUUAGUGUUUUCGAAACGCACGAUCACGUCAAAGAUGAUCGCUGCUUGAGUUUAACACUAAAUUGAAAUGUUUGCAUGUAGAUAGCCAGCGGUCUUUAUUUGUAAACUGACUGACUAGCCUGCCUGACUGUUGUGGAGCAGGGCUGCCUUAGUAGCCAGUCAAGAUGGACACCGCUGAGGAAGCAGACAUCUGUCGGGUAUGUCGGUCUGAGGGCACCCAGGACAAGCCGCUCUACCACCCCUGUGUCUGCACGGGCAGCAUCAAGUUUAUCCACCAGGAAUGCUUGCUGCAGUGGUUGAAACACAGCAGAAAAGAAUACUGUGAAUUAUGCAAACACAGGUUUGCAUUUACACCAAUCUACUCUCCAGACAUGCCAUCCCGCUUGCCUGUCCAGGACAUCUUUGCAGGGCUUGUCACCAGUAUUGGAACAGCCAUCAGAUACUGGUUCCACUACACACUGGUGGCCUUUGCUUGGCUAGGCGUGGUGCCUCUCACAGCAUGUCGCAUCUACAAGUGUUUAUUUACCGGCUCUGUGAGCUCUCUCCUUACUCUGCCAUUAGAUAUGCUUUCAACACAAAAUCUCCUUGCAGACUGCCUCCAAGGCUGUUUUGUGGUCACUUGCACACUGUGCGCCUUCAUCAGCCUGGUGUGGCUUAGAGAGCAGAUUGUCCAUGGUGGCGCCCCGCAGUGGUUGGAGCAGAAUCAACCCCCUCUAGUUCCUAACCAGCCUAAUGGUCCUGCACCAGCUAAUGAGGUUCCAGGUGGUAACAUUGGCGUCAACGCCCAGGCUGCUGCAGAAGCCCAGCACCCUGCAGACGCUGUCCCAGACGGGCAGGCACCUGUCAACCCACAUGAAGCCGGAAACCAUGGAGAUGAGGCUGAACUUGACGAUGAGGAGGAAGACGACGAUGGGGAGGAAGAUGAAGAGGAGGAGGAUGACGAUGAAGAGGGCAGGGAAGAGGAUGCUGCUGAUGCGAAUAAUGGAGGACAAGAAGAUUUGAACUGGAACGCCCUGGAGUGGGACCGUGCAGCAGAGGAGCUGACCUGGGAAAGGAUGCUAGGCCUGGAUGGCUCCUUAGUUUUCUUGGAGCAUGUGUUCUGGGUGGUGUCUCUCAACACACUCUUCAUCCUGGUCUUUGCUUUUUGCCCGUAUCACAUCGGACAUUUCUCAGUAGUUGGACUGGGCUUUGAAGACUAUAUCAAAGCUUCACACUUUGAUGGCCUUGUCACCACCAUACUUGGGUACAUCCUUUUGGCUGGAGCUCUCAUAGUCUGCCAUGCAUUGGCUUCAUUUGUUAAGUUCCAGCGGUCCAGACGCCUCUUGGGUGUCUGCUACAUUGUUGUGAAGGUGUCCCUGCUUGUUGUCAUGGAGAUAGGCUUGUUUCCGCUGAUUUGUGGUUGGUGGCUCGACAUUUGCUCUCUGGAGAUGUUUGAUGCUACUCUGAAAGACAGGGAACAGAGUUUUGAUUCAGCCCCCGGUACCACCAUGUUCCUCCACUGGCUGGUUGGCAUGGUCUACGUCUUCUACUUUGCCUCCUUCAUCCUUCUGCUCAGAGAGGUGCUCCGGCCAGGCGUACUGUGGUUCCUGAGGAACCUGAACGAUCCAGACUUCAACCCAGUCCAGGAGAUGAUCCACCUGCCCAUUUACAGACACCUGCGGAGGUUUAUACUCUCUGUGGUGGUGUUUGGCUCCAUAGUUCUGCUGAUGCUCUGGCUCCCUAUCAGAAUCAUUAAACUGCUCUUUCCAACCUUCCUGCCCUACAAUGUCAUGCUGUACAGUGACGCCCCGGUCAGCGAGCUGUCUCUGGAGCUGCUGUUGCUUCAGGUUGUUCUGCCGGCAUUGCUGGAGCAGGGUCACACUCGCCAGUGGCUCAAACGGCUUGUCCACGCCUGGACGUUCACAGCUGGAUACAUGCUUGACCUUCACUCUUACCUGCUGGGGGACCACGAAGAUGAUGACAAUCAACCAAACAACAACCCACCUGGUCGCCAUAACAACAACAGGAUUCCUGGCCUGGGGGAGGGGCUUCACGCUGCCCAUCAGGCCAUUCUGCAGCAGGGCGGUCCUGUGGGUUUCCAGGCAUAUCACCGACCCAUCAACUUCCCCCUCAAGAUCGUUCUGCUGGUUGUCUUUAUGUGCGUGACGCUGUUACUGGCUAGCCUGAUCUGCCUUACUCUGCCAGUGUGUGCUGGUCGCUGGCUGAUGUCUUUCUGGAUGGGCAGUGCCAUGGUUCACGAGCUGUACACAGCGGCCAGCGGUCUGUAUGUCUGCUGGCUGUCCAUUCGAGCCGCCACCGUGAUGCUGUCUUGGAUGCCACAGGGGCGGACCAUCAUCAUGCUCAAAGUCCACGAGUGGACGCUCAUGAUUCUAAAGACCUUUGUGGUGGCUGCGCUGUUAGCCGGGGCAAUUCCUCUGCUGCUGGGUCUGCUGUUUGAGCUGGUCAUUGUUGCUCCACUCAGAGUCCCACUGGACCAGACACCUCUCUUCUACCCCUGGCAGGACUGGGCCCUGGGCGUGCUCCAUGCUAAAAUCAUUGCUGCCAUCACACUGAUGGGCCCUCAGUGGUGGCUCAAAACCGUCAUCGAACAGGUGUAUGCUAACGGUAUCCGAAACAUUGACCUCCAUUUCAUCGUGCGAGGGCUGGCCGCCCCAGUUAUCUGCGUCCUGCUGCUUUCUCUCAGUGUGCCCUACACUAUCUCUAAAGGCAUUACACCACUGCUGGGUGUGCAGCCAGAGAUGCAGACGCUGGUGGAGAGAAGGAUCUAUCCCUUCCUGCUGAUGGUGGUCAUACUGUUGGCCAUCUUGUCCUUCCAGAUACGACAGUUCAAACGCCUCUACGAACACAUCAAAAACGACAAAUACCUGGUUGGACAGCGACUGGUGAACUACGAACGUAAGACAGGCAGGAACACGUCCACCUCCACAUACAGCACCUCCUCAUAGACCUGACAGUGCUGUGGGAUCAGUGGGGCUGACUCACUCUGCUAUCAUCAGCUCCUGUGGUGAAACCUUUUUUUGUUUCCGCCGCGCUGUCAAAUGCCAACCUCUUAACUUUUGACUGCAGCUUCUUAUUCAACAACAUCUACCGCUGUCACAGGUUGGGGAGACAGAGACAUUGAAGAGUGAGGACAAAACAGUCCCAGAACUUCUUCAUGGAAAAGUUGAAUUUCUCAACAAGGUUGUUAAUCAACCUGCAAAAGCAGUCAGCAUAAUUGAAACUCAGCAGAACCACAAAGUCUUUGACUGUCUGAUGUGUCCAUUAUUGUCUUGAAUGCAGCUGACAUUUUAAGUUGUAAUUAUAUUAUUUUAAAAAAGGUUUGAGUUGAAGUCAAAUCAGGUGAGCAUAGCUUUUACCUCAGAUUGUGCUUCCCUUUGAAUGUUUGUUGUGAAAUAUUAUCUAGCUCACACUGAGUGUCUCUUAAUGGGAUGUUGUUGACAUUUCAGAGCUGGAGAGGCGAUACUUUGAUUAUCACGGGAACGCCUCCGCGGUUCUGUUCCAGUUGUUGAUUUGUCUCAAAUGACACCCUUCAUCAAAUCGAGGUUGUCAGUGAGAAGGAGGGACAUACAUGAUGUAGCAAUGUGAUUGUAUUCUGUAUUUUUUUUUCUUUACAGAUGUUUUUUAUUAGAUGUAUUUUCAUUGAUUUUUAGUGUUACAUUUCUGGGGUGAGCUGUUAGAUAGUCCUCUGAGGAGUCCUUUAAAGUUAAAAUGUAGAAAGAGACAGACAAAAAGAGGAAAAUAAUAUUUUUUGACAAUCUGUUCUGUGAAUUUUAAAAACUGGGUUGUGUAGUAAGUUCCUGAGCAAACCACCUUCAGGAGAGGAGAGGUCAUUAAGUGAGGUUACAACUAUAAAUAUUAAAACUGGAAAAACAGCCUCAGAAUGCACCCAUGUUACAUCCUUAGAGUGACACUGAUCUUACAGAAAUAUUUGUUCUGGUAGAAUUUAAAAAAAAAAGGUCAUGCUUCUAAUCAGCUCUUGAGACUUGUAGCUGUCUGCACUCUGUUAACGGUCAGGAGACAAGCGCUAAACAUAACUGUAAGAACAACAAAACACUGAUUUACAGUGAGGAAGAGUGAUCUAUACUGACAGACCUAAUAGACCUUUACUGAAAACCAGAAUGAACUCAUCUCAGUUAGGGCAUGGUUACAGUUACAGAGUACAAACUAGAUAAAAUGUAGGAAAUUGAUUGGCUGAGCAGGCUGCCACCGAAAUUAUCAUUUAGGUUUCUCAAUUUAUUAAAUAUUAGCAAUAAAGUUAAAACCAAGUCAUACCUAUAGUUACAAACAACUGGCAGUUUAAUAUAGAUCUAACAGCUUUUCCACUUUGGUUACAGUGACCUCCUGUUUACAUAGUUGAUUGUUUAUAAUUGGGUGGAGCCUCAGUUGUUCCCUAGCAAUUGGUUUUCAACCAAGCAACCUCCAGGGCUGACAAAUGAAGCCAACGCAAAAGUGCCAAAAACUGCAGUUUAUCUAACGGCCACUUGUCAGUCACUGUAGACCUCCCCAUGUUAAAAUGUCCAACGUUACAGCAGAAAUAAAUGUGUUUACAGCCUGGUGGAAAUCAGAUUUGGUCUCUGUAGCUAAUUUCCCUCGUCAUGACAACUACAGGGUGUGCAUUUUUAUAUAACUCACCUGUUUAUAUUAAGGAUUAAAGUUAGGCAUAAUUAAGGGCGUGGCCACCUUGAGUGACUGCAGGGCUUUCAGUAAGAGCCACGUCUCGCUUCACCGCAGCUCCGCCCUCUCGUCCAAAUAUUUUCAGUUCUGGCUCGAAACAAUCCAAGAUGGUCACGGCCAAAAUGCCAAACUCGUGGCUUCAAAAUGCAAGCCCACAAACCAAUGGAUGACAUCAUGGUGGCUGCGUCCAUCAUUUUUAUACAGUCCACGGUUUUCACACUACUGAAGUCUUUACUAGCUAAGACAUUCCUUACGUUUUAAUGGUGCAACUUAAUUUAGUGAAUUAACAGGGUUGAAACUAACUAGUUCGUACUAACAACUUAUAAAGGACUUUACAUACAAACCUAUUAAAUGAUUUGUCUGGUGCAACCCAGUCCUGCUCCUUUUCCCUCAAGGUUAGUUAUAUUUCAUAAAAGUAAUGAUUUCUUAACGCUUGCACACCUCCUCUAAAACACACUACUCAGAUAUUUACCAGCCUGAAGAACAUGACAGCUAGUUUUAUUUGUAAAGUUAAUGGAGUGCCCCUUUGAAGCAAGCCCAAAAUAAAAAGAUAGCAAGAAAACCAAUUUUCUUAACAAAACAAAACGCCAUCACAUUGCAUGGGCGCUGACCUUGCAUACAUUUAAAAUGUAAGAUAUCUGUCCACAGAAACUUGACACAAAUUGUCUUCAGCAGUUUAGAUUCAGUGGUGUUUCUUUGCAUCACUUACAGCCUUAAAAAGACUCGUGUUGCAGAUCCAGUAAUUUUGCCAUCCAGCGUGGUUUUGUUAGAGAGUCUGUAGUUUUAUGUCUGAUCAGCAAUCAGAUCUGGUUCUGUUAGAUUCUGUGAGGACAACAGCAGGAGCUGACGUACUACCGUCUGUGUUCCUCCUCUUGUCCACCAGAUGCUUCGCCUCCUGUGUCUCAGCUCAUUUAUAUUAUUGAAUUCCCUUCUUGUGGCACUCUGAUCUGCUGUGAGUCUUUUUACCUUUCAGUACUCCAGCUGAGUUAGUAGAGUCACUCUCACAUUGAUCUACCUGUCUGUGUAAUACUGGACCAGUUUGUUGCUCCCAGUCAGGUCAACUACUGGCGAUGUCUUUAAAGCAACUAACUGAAGAGAAUUUGGGGAAAGGGGGGAAAUCUAAUGUGCCAUUAACCUGUAAUUACCACUUGUGUCCACAGUGGCCACUGUGCACAGGUUACAGUCUCCCUUUAAAACAGGGCUCUGUUUGUCAUACUGGUGCAUGUCUCCUUGGCAGGAGCAUUCCAGGUGCUCACACUGAUGAGUUGCAGCUCGCUCAAAGAGAUCCUUUAAAAUCAACUCUCUACUUUACCUCUUCACAGCUGGUGCUCUGAUUUGACUGAAGGUUGACAUUGACACAGUGAUUGGAAGAAUCAGGGUCAGCUCAGCUCAGUACAGGGAGUCAUGUUUCAGGAUCCUACAUGUCUUAGAGGGUUUAUCUGGUGUGAGAGAGCGCCCUACACACAGUGCAUUCACAAAUACGAUAUUAAAAUCACAGUAUUCACAGCAGCCACUAUAUAAGUGCUUUAAAAGCAACAAGAGCGGAUAGGAGAAGAAGAAAUCUGAGGUGGCUGGUGCUGCUGGUGAGAGUUGACAGCUAACUGAAGAGCACCGUGCAAGCUCAAUCUUUACUGUAAACUCAGAACAAUAUACA